UCUCUCAGUGACGUCAAAUAUCAGCUGACUGGUUUGUUUCGCUAUAGACUCCGCAGCAAUCAGCAAAGAAGGAAUAGCACAACAUCAAAGGACUCAACUUCUUAUUAUUACAAAAAAAACUGGGCUUUGAUCGCCCAAAAAUUUACAACACCUACAUUUAAAUAUAUUUUCAAUUCAUACAGGGAUCUUUUGCCUCGUUUACAAAACGGUUUGACCUGCGUGAAAUAUGCCUUCAGAGAAGACGUUCAAACAAAGGAGGACAUUUGAGCAGAGAGUAGAUGAUGUGAGACUGAUUCGAGAGCAGCACCCCAACAAGAUCCCAGUCAUCAUCGAGAGAUACAAGGGAGAGAAGCAGCUGCCCAUCCUGGAUAAAACCAAGUUCCUGGUUCCUGACCAUGUCAAUAUGAGUGAGCUGAUCAAAAUCAUCAGGAGGCGCCUCCAGCUGAACUCCAACCAGGCCUUCUUCCUGCUGGUGAACGGCCACAGCAUGGUCUCCGUGUCGGCAGCCAUCGCUGAGGUGUACGAUCGCGAGAAGGACGAUGAUGGCUUCCUCUACAUGGUGUACGCCUCGCAGGAGACCUUUGGAACCAUAACCCCCCAGUAACAGCCUCCCACCUCCACACCAUAGCUCGGACAAUGAUAUCACCUCCUCCCUCCUUGAUUCUUCGUUCCUAAAUACAGACCGAUCCCCCUUGCCUUCCCUCGAACCCUUGCUUAAAACCUUAGCCAAGACAAUGGGAACCAGACUGACCUCUUCUCCCAUGCCCUUAAGGGCCCCUUAUAGAUAUUAAAAGCCAUGUCCUGCACCUUCUCAUACUCGUACUGCCCACUACCCUUUACUCAAAACCUCUCCCUGUACAUCCAUUACUCAACACCUCUCCCUGUACAUCCAUUACUCAACACCUCUCCCUGUACAUCCAUUACUCAACACCUCUCCCUGUACAUCCAUUACUCAACACCUCUCCCUGUACAUCCAUUACUCAACACCUCUCCCUGUACAUCCAUUACUCAACACCUCUCCCUGUACAUUCAUUACUCAACACCUCUCCCUGUACAUUCAUUACUCAACACCUCUCCCUGUACAUCCAUUACUCAACACCUCUCCCUGUCCAUCCAUUACUCAACACCUCUCCAUGUACAUCCAUUACUCAACACCUCUCCCUGUACAUCCAUUACUCAAAACCUCUCCCUGUACAUCCAUUACUCAACACCUCUCCCUGUACAUCCAUUACUCAACACCUCUCCCUGUACAUCCAUUACUCAACACCUCUCCCCGUUCAUCCAUUACUCAACACCUCUCCCUGUUCAUCCAGCCAUGUGUUUAGGAAAAGAGAUUCAAUAGUUAUCUUUGGGUUGUUUGGUGUAUAGAAUGGAUUAGUAUAGCAGAGAUGAUUGCCAGUUCAGGUUGAGUUCGACUCAAACAAUUUACAGCUUAAAUUCCUGCUUGAGUCCAUCAUGGUUGAGUUCAGUUAUACAGAAAUCUCCAUAUUUUAUUUUCCACUUGUUGUGUUUGCUAAACUUGAAUGAGCUCAGUAUUUUGGAUGAAGCUUCAAUCACAACAGCUGUUGAGGAAUUUUCUAACAGUUUAGUUAAAGCGUUGAAUCCAGUUUGACAGACAUGGGACAAACUACUUCCACAAGAACAUGUUUCAUCAAGUCUCCUAUAAUUGGUGACUCAGGCCAAUGGUCUCAACUGCUGUGACAAAAUGAGUGGUUCUUUUUUCUUUAGUCUUUCCUUUAGCAACUUGGUUGAAUAUUCUAGGCCAACUAUAGGCUUCAUUGUAUUAACACACGUUUUUGAGGCUAACAUGUUAAUGUGCGUUCAGUUUAGCAGUUCCCCUCCCCCUGUGUUGCUCUGUUGAGCUACUUGAUGAGGGUUGUGGGUUCAGAGAUUAUUUUACUUUGCACCUUUCAAAAAAUUCAAUAAAAAUGAAGGUCCUUUCGACAACAAAAAAAAAUCUUCCCGCGCUUUGUUGUAAACGUCUCCACGUAGAAGAGAUGUUAGGGACUCCUGGUUAAAAAGGAAAGAAAUGCUACCGAAAACCUGCUAUGAUGAUUGUUAUAAGAAAUUUGCCUCCAUGUACAGCAUGAUGAUCGAAUUGCACGUGUGUGAAAGGGUCACUGAUGUGGGAUAAUGCUGAUGUCAGAAGUAGGGUGUGGGGUUGGUGGCUGUUUUGGACUGGGCGGGCAUCACGGCCGGGUCUGUCCACCAACCAACUGUCCAUCCGUCCCCCUCCUAGACCUGCCCUAGGGCUCUGAACAGUACUCAUCCCAGGGUGGCGUCACGCUUUUAGAAUAUUCAAUUUGUUUAAUAGAGGGUUAUUUAUGCCUUUUAUAAUGUGUGCUGACUGUUGUGCUUUUCCUUCUCGCUGUCCUCUCAACUGUUUAAAUGUUAGAUAGCUUUUUAGCUUCAUUUAUGGCAGAUAAUCUUUGUUUUUAUUUAAUGUGAUGUUACUUCCUUGUACAAAUGUCCAUAUGAUAUAUGUGUGUGUAAUGAAUACGAAUGAUUCUAUGAUCAGUUUGAUUGAGGGUUUAAUAACAGAGGAAUGAUAACAGUUUUAUCAGCCCAAUGUUCCUCUGCAUGCUCUGCUGUUUGCCGCUCUCAAUCUUCAUAUUCACAGCAAUAUUACACAGCCUUUUAUUGUAUUUGUUGGUAUUUUAUGAAUAAAACAGACAAUGUAAAGGUA